UCAGCUUGCUCAAGUGCUCGCUCAACUGCCUCCACACACACCGGCUGCCUCCGUCGGGCCUGGCAGUGUGUAACCUGCCUAACAAGAUUAGCACGAAGGGGCUCUUCUCUACCAGCACCAGCAGGAAAGCCCCAGCGCGCCGGGUGAGUGUCCGCGCUUGCUUGCAGGGACGUGAGAGCAGCUGUCUUGGCUCCUUCUCCCCACCUAUGCCUCACCUAAUGAGAUUAAGUGAGCAUCCCUGUUCCGGGUCAGUGCUGAGGGGCUGCAGGUGCAUGGCAUCCUGCCUGCACAGAGGUUGGCCAAGGCUUGCCUGAAACGGAUUAUAAACAUUUAAUGGGAAACUCUGCACAGCACGUCCAGUGAAAUGGCAUCGGACAGCGAGGUAAAAACCCUGCUGAACUUUGUCAACCUGGCCUCCAGUGACAUCAAGGCAGCCCUGGAUAAAUCAGCUCCCUGCCGCCGGUCGGUGGACCACAGGAAAUAUUUGCAGAAGCAGCUGAAGCGUUUUUCUCAGAAGUACUCGCGGGUGCCACGGUGCCACUCUACCAAGCCUUCGGAAUGUGGCCCACGUCGUGGAGCAGAGGACAGGACCCGCAGCUGCCAGCCUGAAGUGCCUGACCCUGGCCCCCACAAUGGGGCUGCUGCAGAGAAGGUACUGCAGGCAGCUGAGGUGGAGGAGAGCCUGGCUGGGGAGCAAGCUGUGCCAGAGCAAAACCCUGAGGCCAACAGGCCAGAUCAGGUGCCCAUGAGAAAACGACAGCUUCCUGCAUCCUUCUGGGAAGAGCCACGGCCGCCACAGAGCCUCCCAGUCAGGGGCUUCCCUGCGGCCCCUGAAGGGCUACCAGUCCCCAGGGAACCUCCUCCUCCCUUUGAGGGGAAGAAAAGCAAAAGGAGUGAAGACACCACUGGACCUGAGAGCCAUGAGCCUGCCCUUAAUGCAGGGGAGAAAGACCCCACUGGUGUUCUCUCAGGCCGGGUGGGUGCCUGGACCUGCUGCCCCUUCCCCUGCCCUGGACCAGCUGUCUACCAGCCCCCAGGAACGCUGCCUCCAUCACCUUUCCCAGGGCUGGGGCUGUGGAGGAAGGGCACUGCCACGCUGCCAGCUGAGGCACAGCCCUUCUGUAAGGAGGCAGAGGGCACAGGGCAGAAACUCUACAGACCUGUGGUUUUGAAACCCAUCCCUACCAAGCCCACCAUUCCCUCACCGAUUUUCAAUGUUUUUGGCUACCUUUAGCCAGAGGAAAGGGAAAGAGUGUGUGACAUUGGACAAAAUAACCUCUUAAAGGGAGUUGAAGCAUCAGGUUGGGCAAUGGGCACAAGGGGCAGGUUGUGUGCGGAAGAGGUGGUGUUGGCCACACCACUGUCCCCUGCACAGGCUGGAGUGAAUUAGUAACUGUACAGUCUCCAUUCUUCUUUUCCUAUGCAGGUAAAAAUCAGGAAUAAGCCCUGUGGAGCUGGUGGCAUGGCAUGUGGGGCAAAUUAGACCUCUUUUAUGGAAGCACAUUGUUGGAGCUAUGGCAAGCAGGUCUCUGGGCAAUUUACAGGCACAAUUGUAACACCUCGGAGACCUCGUCUAUGUGGGAGCAUCUUCCUGGGUUGCCCUGCAGGCACAGCACUGAAAUGAAAUGAAAUAAACUCACUGAAACUGUUUUUUGUACUUUUAAGUAAUUCCGGAGAAGUCAAGAUAUUCAGGUCACUUCCUUUUGCGUGCAAGAGACUGGAAGGACGGUAUUUAAUGUAGAAACUACAUUUGUGAAUUGAUUUAAGCUCUUCUCGUGUGUAAAUACUAAAAGAAUUGAAAGAAAAAAUAAAGGAAGAAGGGAGGUAAUUUUAUUCUGGUGAUUCUGCAAAUGCAAUGUUUUUACUUUUGCCCACUGAGUAGAUGCAGGUUUAAUUUUCAGGUGCUGGUUUGACAUGAAGGCUGAAACCUUUACUUAUUUAGGGUGAUGUAAUUCAGAUUUAGUCCUGAGGCUGGGAAAUCGAUGGAUGUUAAAGACAUAAAUUAUGAUAGAGAAGUGUUUAUAAUAGCUUGCCCUCAUUUCUCUUUAGCAGGGAUCUUUUCUUAUGUCUGAUUUUAAGAUACAGUUACAAGACUGAACAAUACACAAAUGAUCUGCCUAUUGUUUUCUUAAUUAUUUUGGUGAAGUGGUACAGUAAAAGCUAAUAGGUGAUUGUUCAAGUUAAGUUUGUCUUAAACCCAUUGACAAGGUGUUGCUAAGGCACAGAACGUGAGACCUGAAAGGUUUAAUAUUGUGUGCCUUCAUAUUCUGGAGCAUAUUCAUACUGGAAUAAAUCACUGAGA